AUGAAGCACCAGACUCGACAAGUCCUCCUCGAAAGAUGGCAAAGACUUCUGGCCAACGCCAGGUAUAGGAGGAGGACUGUCGAGGCCGUCCGGCCCUUCCUGCAAGAAUGGGUGGGAAGGGCCGACGGAACCCUGACAUUCAGAAUGGCACAGGUGCUCACCGGGCAUGGAUGCUUCGGUGAUUACCUGUGCCGUAUAGGGAAGGAACGCACAACUUCCUGCCACCAUUGUGGACAUGACCAUGACUCCGCGCAACAUACACUCCAGGACUGCCCCGCCUGGAGUGCCGAGCGCGGAGUCAUGGUCCGGGCUUUGGGCCAAGACCUCUCGCUCCCGAGGAUAGUUGGGGCAAUCCUCGGGAGCGAGAAAAGAUGGGACGCAUUCUCCUCCUUCUGCGAAUCAGUGAUGACGCAGAAGAAGGAGGCGGAAGAAUUGCGAAGAAGGGCAGAGAAUCCGGGGAAGGAAAAGAAGGCGGCGCGAGAGGCACCGCCAAUGGAGGAGAGGGAGGAGCAGGAGUAG